UGUCUAUCGAAAUAAUUACUCAUUCCUACAUUUACCUUGCAGCAAAAAUUCGUGAUUUUUUGUGGGCAGCAGAAGAAAAUUGUGCAAAUUAAAACGGCAACGAAAGAAAAGUGUAAAAAAUUAUUUUAGGAAUUUGUGUGCGGUAGCAAGACGGGACCAUAAGGCGGUUGGAGAAAAAAAUACGUUAAAAAUGGCGUUGAAAGUGCUGGUUGGGCAGAAGAUUAUGAACGAGGUGGUGAAAUAUAAGCCACCUCCACCAAAGAAGGCUGGCGCUGUGGCUGCUGCCAAGGCACCAGGUGGCAUGGAAUGGCGUGUGUUGGUCGUCGAUAAGUUGGGUAUGCGUAUGGUGUCCGCCUGCACCAAGAUGCAUGAAAUAAGCGCUGAGGGUAUAACCUUGGUGGAGGAUAUCAAUAAAAAGCGUGAACCGCUGCCUACGAUGGAUGCCAUCUACUUGAUAACACCAUCGGAUGAAUCGGUGCGUGCUUUGAUACGCGAUUUCGAGAAUCCGGCUAGGCCGAUGUAUCGUUAUGCACAUGUUUUCUUCACCGAGGCAAUACCUGAAGACAUAUUCCAAAUGUUGCAAUUGCGCAGCGAUAUAACGCGUAAAUAUAUACGCACAUGCAAAGAAAUAAAUAUUGCAUUUAUUGCCUAUGAGGACAAGGUCUACUCGCUCGAUUCACCAGACACCUUUCAGUGUCUGUAUUCGCCAGCGUUUGCUUCGAUACGCGCCAAGCACAUCGAUCGCAUCGCCGAGCAAAUCGCGACUUUGUGUGCCACACUCGGCGAGUAUCCGAUGGUGCGAUAUCGCACUGACUGGGAUCGCAACAUAGAUUUGGCUGCUGCGGUGCAGCAGAAGUUGGAUGCCUAUAAGGCGGAUGAGCCGACAAUGGGUGAAGGUCCGGAGAAGUCACGUUCGCAGUUAUUGGUAUUGGAUCGUGGAUUCGAUUGUGUAUCGCCGUUAUUGCACGAAUUGACAUUGCAAGCGAUGGCAUACGAUCUCUUGCCGAUUGUUAACGAUGUAUAUCGCUAUACGCCCGGCCCAAAUCAACCGGAAAAGGAGGUUUUGCUCGAUGAAAACGACGAUUUGUGGAUGGAGUUGCGACACGAGCAUAUCGCUGUGGUGUCCACGCAGGUGACACAGAAUCUAAAGAAAUUCACCGAAUCGAAGCGCAUGACAUCGACUGAUAAAUCUUCUAUGCGUGAUUUAUCGCAAAUGAUCAAGAAAAUGCCCCAGUACCAGAAGGAGCUGUCAAAGUAUUCGACACAUUUGCAUUUGGCUGAGGAUUGCAUGAAGACUUAUCAGAGCUACGCCGAUAAGUUAUGCCGCGUUGAACAGGAUCUGGCUAUGGGUACUGAUGCUGAGGGCGAAAAAAUCAAGGAUCAUAUGCGUAAUAUUGUACCCAUACUUCUGAAUGCGGAUGUUUCCAACUUCGAUAAAGUACGCAUUAUUGCGCUCUACGUUAUGAUUAAGAACGGUAUUUCUGAGGAAAAUUUGACAAAGCUCUUCACGCACGCCUCACUAUCGCCUAAAGAUCAGGAUAUGGUGCGCAAUUUGAGCUUUUUGGGCGUAAAUGUGAUUGCCGAUUCUCGCAAGAAAGUCUAUAAUGUCCCACGUAAGGAACGCAUCACCGAACACACUUAUCAGAUGUCGCGUUGGACCCCUGUAGUCAAGGAUAUUAUGGAGGAUUGCAUUGAAGAUAAAUUGGAUCAGCGUCAUUUCGCUUUUCUGGCUGGACGUGCACAGAAUACCAAUUAUCAUGCACCAACAAGCGCUCGCUAUGGCCACUGGCAUAAGGACAAGGCCCAAGCCCAAGUCAAGAAUGUGCCACGCCUCAUAGUUUUCAUUGUGGGCGGCGUUAGUAUGUCCGAGAUGCGUUGCGCCUACGAGGUAACCAAUGCCGUGAAGAAUUGGGAAGUGCUAGUCGGCUCGUCACAUAUACUAACACCCGAAGGUUUUCUCAGCGAUCUGGGCAGCCUUUCGAAGGAGGACUAAUCCGCAGCUAACGCGACGAACGAUAAUGUAACAGAUCGUACCGAAUAAUAUGAAGGUAAAUUUUUUUAAGGAUUUUUAAACAAAUAAACUUAUGAAUGAGUAUGUAGUAGUUUAAUUAAGUUGACUUAUGUAAUUCAGGUACCGAGCAGGCGCGUAUAUUUUGUAUAUGUAUUGCUGUAUACUAGUUAUUAAUUUUCGAUAACGUCGUUGGGAUUGUUUGUUCUUUUGAUGACGAUGCAAUUAAACUAUUAUUGUUCAUAUAUUAAAUAUACAUAUAUGUAUAAAAAUUAUUGAUAAGAAAUAUUACAACUUGUCCUUAGGUUAGCUGUGCGCUAAGGUGUUUAUGUAUGUUUAUAUAAAUUAUUCAAUGAAAAAAGUUGAUUCUUGAAGAACUUACUUCCGCUUAUUAUCUACAACCUAUAUAAAAAUUAUACACAAAUAUAUAAUUGAUUGCUUAAUAUAUAUUAUAAACGAUAUGACUACAUAGUGUAGGCGUGACGAUAAAUUCCAAAGUAUUCUCGUUGGUUAUGUGCAAAUAAGCGAGCCGCUAGUAGGUUACGCAUUUAUCGAAGCAAAAGAAAGUAUAAAGUAUUUACAUAUGUCGCAUAUUUAUAAAAAAAAAAAAACUAUUUAAUUAAAUUAUAAAUUGCAAUUUAACUUAAAUAUUAUUGUAUUUGGCUUUAUUAACUAUUAUUACUUACAACAUUUGAACUAUUUAUGCGCUUUUAAAAUAUACUUAAAAGCAAGGAACUAAGCAUUAUACUCUAUGCAACUAAAAAAAAGUAUGAAAUACAAAAAAAUUACAAAAAAUAUCAAAACACCGAUUUUUAAUUCGCAAACUUGAAAAGGAUAUUCAUAAAAAGAGAAAAGUAAUACAUUCAAAUAAAAAAUAAGUGGUUGAAUAAGGUGCAGACAAAAGGUCGCAUUCACAAAGCAUACAUACUUUGAAUAAAUAAUUUAAUUAAAAAAAUAAUACAUAUUAAGCAAAUUAACAUUUAAAAUAAUUGCAACCUUGAUUUAAAAAAAAAUAACCAUGAUAAUAAAAAAAUAUUAAAAAUAUUUCCGUAUGUAUUUAAUAACUUAAAUUGAGUGUUUAGAAUGAAAACACAAAUUGGUUUAUUUCCAACGUAAUACAAUAUUACAAAAACAAUAAAAAUACGUUAAAGCACAUUUCCAAAACAAUUUAUUAGCAAAACAUAGAAAUAGAAAGUAAUACAAAUGCAACCAUGUCACUGUAAGUGGCUUAUAUUAUAAAGCAGUAUGUAUCGUACGUAAUAAAGUGGUUCUAUAUGACGCGCGUGUUGUGUUUAAGGCUUUCGUGAAAUUUGCAAAAUCCUGCAAUAAAGUACAUAUGCGCAGCUCAACUACACAACAUAGUAGGUAAAAAAAAUCAAUCAUUAAAUAAAAAUUAAACAAUCCAAUACUAUUGCAAUUAAUGUAAUACUUAAUGAAAACGAAACUUUGCUACAAUUUCUAAUAUUUUCGACCACUUCAAAAAUUAUGUACCUAUGAAAAAAUCAAACAACAAAAAAUUUAGAAUGCUAUUUCACAAAAUCUAAAUAAAAAUCUUUAAUAAACUGAAAUUCAUAUGAACCAUAAGCGUUAACAUAUCUUGGCUAGCAAAGCUUCAAAAUUUGGCAAAGCAUUAAGCAAAUUGUGAUAUAUUGUGGAACGAUUUGGGUUUGGGGACAAACCGAACGAAAAAUGUCACUGAAGAUGGCGCAAUGCCAUAACCGGUUUGGAGACAAAGGAUGAUGGAGAAUCGUUCCGCAAUAUGUUCAUACGUUCAUCUACUCCUACCCCGUCGGGAACACCAACAAUCAAAACGAUAACAUUAGUUUUGCUUAAUGUUAUUUCUGAAGUCUUGAUUGAUAGUUCUUUUUUUUAAUAAAAAUUCUUGUGUUCGGCUGGCGUUAUUUUUUUUUUAACUCGCGAUGUUUUUUGUCGGCACAUAAAGCACAAUUCAAUAUCUAAAAUUUCGUUUGUUUCUUAAUUCCAACUUUGCUUUCGACUCGGCAAGUGUUAUUUUUUAAUUCGCUCCUUUUUUUCGGCGCGAUAAACAAGAAUGUUUUAUUGAAAUCUCUUCUGCUUUAUCUUGUUUUUUUUUUUAACGCCUUAUUCAUAAAAAUAAAAUAGAUUUAAAAAGCUCUAUAAAGUACCAGUUUCAAACAAAAUUUCGAUUUAUAAAGCAGUCUUCUUUAUUUUUUAUGAAUAUGGGUGUUAAUUUGCAUUUCGUUAGUUUGGCUCGCGAGAAGCUUUGCUGGCAUAAGUUAAUUAGCUCCUUCAUACUUCCAAUAAAACCGUUCAAACUUAAAACUGUAAGCAUCUACUACAAUUAAUACAUUUGUGCAUAUCGUUACCUUAAUAUAGAAAGGCCCAAUCUCUCAUUUUUGUUUCUUCAAACAUAGUUUGAAAAUUUCGUGAAAAGCAAAGUUCUACAGUUGCGAAUUUCGUCGAAGUGCUGGUUUUUUUAUUCAUUAUUUAUUUGUCUUCAAUUUCUAUUAGAUAUAUUGUGAGCUAUUUGACAGAUUUUGUAUAAAUCUGUUUCGAAAUGAAAAUGGGUUAGGGCGUUUCUACAUAUAUUAUAGGAAUGAUAUGUAGGUAGUAUGUGUAUCAUAUCGACAUACAUACUUACAUAAAACUACCUUAU